UCGGUCGAGUUUCGACGAGUAGUCACGCUUUAACUCGCGAUCCGCGAGGCGGAUGCUACCCCGGAACGCGAGACUCAGGUGCAAGUGGUGCACCGAUGUAACCGAGUUGUAGAAGAGCCUGACUCGAUCCUAGCUUCCUCCAGGCACCUUCUUCCUGGAGACGUCCGUUGUUUGCUUCACGUUGCGAGAGACGUGGUUUCAAGCCGGUAGCGAAACGCUCGCGGAAUCAGGUGCGGGUGCCAGGUGUAUCGUAGAUGUUUGUUGUUUCAUGCGGACGGGAUUUCUGUUUCAUUCGCGUUCGAUGCUCGACCAGUUGAAACAGCCGUUACUCGAACACUUGUGGAUCGAAGUGGCGGCAGCGCGACACGGUGACGACGGUGUGUUUUAGCGCGGUAGCAGGUGCAAGUGUUGGUAGAUCGAGGAUUUUCCGGAUCCCGCGAUCGCGAUACACUUAGGUACGCGGAAGGAUAAACAUCGAUGAGUACGGAUCGAGCGAGAUUUAUAGGUCAACACGCAGCAAUCGAAGACAACCAGUUGCGGGUGUAAAUAUUUCAUUGUAUCGUAAUCGAGCCCAGCUUUGUUGGUUGAAACAGAAGAAGGAAAGAGGUGAUCGUUAACGAUAAUCUGACUAAACUGGUAAACCGCGAUCCUGAGUAGGAAGGAAUUUACCCAACGGUAAUCGGAGAAAAACUGGAGGAGCAGCUGAUAGUUUGCUGUUCUUUGAGGUCGCGAUCGGAUUUCUUUGAUUACGGUUACAGUAUUGACGCGAACGAAGAGUAGCGUGUCCUUUCCACGGGAGAAGAGAAGGAAGAAGCUUCGGAUCAAUCCUAGCCGAGCGUCACGGGCCUUGUUGUUCCUUGACCAGGACGCGCCUCCUGUUGAUUACAAGCGCUAAUGGCAACGGCGGUCGAUCGAUCAUCGACCUCGUUAGCCGGAAAGAUCCCUAGAAGACGAUUAUGCUUGUGCGCUGGAUUCGUUGAAUAAGACGGAAGCGGAUAAGGGAUGAGAGAAUGAGAAACUUGAGACAAUUGGAUUUGUAACGAGGAGCGUAAUUGGUUGAUCGGAAUGCAACGUGUUCCUAAAAGCCUCUAUCGAUAUUUAUCGAUUGCAAGAAGAGUGUUUGUAAGAGUGAAUAAAUAUCAUCAGGCCUAGUUGAGUAGGUUGCCAAUGUUGGUAAGGAUUUUUCGAGUGUUGCCGAUUAUGCGAUAGAGUUCAGUGAUAAUUAUCUAGGAAAAGCGGUUCGUAGGCGUGCUUAGUGGAAAGAUAACGGCCUUGAAACUUUUACACGCAGAUCGGAAGAGCGAGCCGAAGCGAGCUAGCGAGAUGCUCUAUGCCCGACAGCGUGACUACAGCUAAAAGGUCGUGAUCGAUCGACUUACUUCGAUGGCCUAAAAGAACUUUAAACGUGCAAGGUCAUUAUGCAUAGCGAUAAAACGGGGACGCUGUAAAGUGCAGACAAGUCGGUCGGUUCGUACGACUGUUAGAACCGACGCUGACUUUUAAAUUACAAGCAGGUAAUACGUAUAGUCAGAGCUCGCCAGUGUCCAAGAACAGGGCUUCAGAGAAAUGAACGUCUUCGAGAUAGACCAAACGUUGCGAUAGCUGGUAUACGUAUAUGUAUAUUCCAGUUGAGCCACGCGAUGCAGUGUCAACGAUACUUUAACGAUGAAAAACGUAUCGAUAUCCGGGAAAUGUGUCACACUGAUUGUGGGAUGUUCCUCGAUUUCUUAAAAAGUUUCUAUGAAACCUCGCAGGAGUCGUUGCGUUUGGCCAAGAAACGAUAAAGGCGGAUCGCGCUCUCGAAGUUCGGAUUUCUUGUAGAUCACGAGAGAUGCUUCAAGUCUAAUUCGCUUUGAAUAGACGGAUCGAAUUGACAUAAAAAAAAUAAGAAUAUUUUUCGUUUCCACAUGGUUCUAAACGAUGCGUUUGGUAAAUGUUUGGUCACCCGUAUUGAAAUUCGAUUUGAUUGAUGCUUCGGUCAGUUAGUCAAAAAAGCAAUUAGUUAACAGUCCGUAGGCAACGUUCCCCGAGUGAUGCCGGCUCGCUAAAUGAAAUCUUCGAAGCGAUCGGUCGAUCGAACGAAAGCUGCCAAUUGCAACGCGCGCGCGAGAGACAAGUUCGACGACGACGGUCGAUCUCGCGAUCGAGCCAGCCCCUGACCCCGUCUCGUCGUAGUCAGUAGACAAAAGCAGUCCGGCCGGCACUCGAUGAAUCCUAGUGGAGAUAAGGAUCCUCGAGCACCCUCGAUCGUUUGCCUGGAAACGCCUGAAGAAGCUCCGGUUGGCACCUAUUUGAGAGUGGUUGGGUAAUGCGCGGGAGCAGCUCCGAGCUCCUGCUGGAGGCGAGCUGCGUCCAGUGUCAGAACGAUCACCACGCCGGUGAGCACACGAGCAGGCACCACCAGCAGCAUCAACUGAACGAGAAGCACGACUUAAAAGAGCGAGAGCUACGUCGUCGCAAGCUGUUGGAACUCGGGUUUGGCGCUUCGCGGCGCCGACCGCCACGGCGUACCUGCCGUCAGCGGUUCAAUUUCUACGCCACCUCGGCGUUGGUAUUCGUCGCGACGUCCGGCGGUGCGGCUCUCCUGUUCCUGGUGCCGCUCUACGUCGAUCCGGCGAUCAGCACCCUGGCCGCCGAUUUCUCGCCGGAUCCUGUCAUCUGCACCACCUCCAGACGCGAAGAGGUAGCCGGAUUAUUCAACUGCACUUGGAGCUCCUGCCGCGAGGGCUGCACGAGUGACGUUUACAGGUGUACACAUAUAUACGUCACGUACACGCCAUGGAGCAACGCGAGCAUGAACAACGAUACCGGUGGUAGAGAGAAUCACGGCAACUCCACCGGCAUCACGCACACCUCGACCACAUCCGUGCCGACGUUACAGCCAACGCCGGGCGACGUGGAGGCGGUGCUCCUGGUGAACAUCAAAGGGUGCGGCUAUCCGCCGAUCGUCGACUGCGAGAACUUCACCCGCGAACUGGGAUACAAAGGGGCCACGUUCCCUUGCCAUUACAGCCGCGUGAACGGGAGCAUAGUGAUGGCGAACUAUAACCGCGAGGCGCAGGUCACCACCAUCAUACAUUUCUUCGCGGCGCCUUUUGUAGUGACUCUCGCGACCAGCGUUGCACUGUGUGUGAUGCACUGUGACUGCAGAUGCAGCCCGCCGCCACGGCAUUCAUCGCGAGGCAUCAGGAGAGGCAGGGGCAACGAUCUCAGGUAA